AUGUUAGCAUAUAAGAAAAAACUACAGAGCACUGGUACACUACUCUAUUCAAAAACAACUUUCAAGAAAAUAAUUUGCUUGGACCAUGCUGUUGGUGUCCUCAAAUACAUUACCUGUGCUGAUGGACAAAAGCCGCUUAGAAGGGAUGGAGAUGGUCUUAGAGGUACACCUCAUUCUUAUUACGAUAGAAGAGUAUUCAAACAAAAUUGGUUACAUUCCCGAGGAAAACAGUGUUGCUUAGUACGCACAGAAAUUUCAGAAUUAGCAUCUGAAGGUGUUAAACAGACAAAUACACAUCGGAAAAAUAACUUCUUGAUAAACCCACAUGUAGAUGUGAAAGAGGUGCCGAAGGAAUGA